AUCUUAAGAUUUAAAUUAGAUACAAUUUCAUCCUGCAUGUGUCAUUGAGCAUUUCAAUUACUGCCAACUCACUGUUUUGACUCAACUCUUUAAUUCAAUCCAGAACCAUGUCUAUCCUCAAGAUUCACGCUCGUGAGAUUUUUGACUCCCGUGGCAACCCCACUGUGGAGGUUGAUCUGUACACCAAGAAAGGUCUUUUCAGAGCUGCAGUGCCCAGCGGUGCCUCCACAGGCAUCUAUGAGGCUCUGGAGCUCCGUGACAAUGACAAGACACGCUACAUGGGCAAAGGUGUCUCAAAAGCUGUUGAGAAUAUCAAUAAAAAAAUUGCACCUGCACUGGUUAGCAAGGAUGUGAGCGUUGUAGAUCAGGAAAAGAUCGACAAGCUGAUGCUGGACAUGGAUGGCACAGAAAACAAGUCUAAGUUUGGUGCUAAUGCCAUCCUGGGCGUGUCCCUGGCUGUGUGCAAGGCUGGUGCAGCAGAGAAGGGCGUUCCCCUCUACCGCCACAUCGCUGACCUGGCUGGAAACCCUGAAGUCAUCCUCCCUGUCCCUGCUUUCAACGUCAUCAACGGCGGCUCCCAUGCAGGCAACAAGCUGGCCAUGCAGGAGUUCAUGAUCCUGCCUGUGGGUGCCAGCAGCUUUAAGGAGGCCAUGCGUAUCGGUGCCGAGGUCUACCACAACCUGAAGAAUGUCAUCAAGGAGAAAUAUGGCAAGGACGCCACUAAUGUAGGAGACGAGGGAGGCUUCGCCCCCAACAUCCUGGAGAACAAGGAAGCUCUGGAGCUGCUGAAGAAUGCCAUUGCCAAGGCCGGCUACACUGACAAGAUCGUGAUUGGCAUGGACGUGGCUGCCUCUGAGUUCUACAAGGGCGGCAAGUACGACCUGGACUUCAAGUCCCCUGACGACCCCAGCCGCUACAUCUCCCCUGACAAGCUGGCUGACCUCUACAGGAGCUUUGUCAAAGAUUACCCCGUGGUGUCCAUUGAGGACCCCUUUGACCAGGAUGACUGGGAGGCGUGGUCCAAGUUCACAGCCAGCACCAGCAUCCAGGUGGUGGGUGAUGACCUCACAGUCACCAACCCCAAACGCAUCGCCAAGGGCGUGGAGGAAAAGUCCUGCAACUGCCUGCUGCUUAAAGUCAACCAGAUCGGCUCCGUCACAGAGUCCCUGCAGGCCUGCAAGAUGGCUCAGAGCAACGGCUGGGGUGUGAUGGUCAGCCAUCGCUCUGGAGAGACAGAGGACACCUUCAUCGCUGACCUGGUGGUCGGUCUCUGCACUGGACAGAUCAAGACCGGUGCACCUUGCCGAUCUGAGCGCUUGGCCAAGUAUAACCAGCUGCUCAGGAUUGAAGAGGAGCUCGGUGACAAGGCCCGUUUUGCCGGCCAGAACUUCAGGCACCCCAUCUGAGCUGGUUCUACCUCCACGGGCCUCUGUGUGUUCUCUGCUCAUAAAUAAUCCCCUCUCAUAUACGCCACACUAGGCCGCCUGCCCUGUCCGGAUAGAAGAUGGAUAGAUCACUGCUGAAAUCCAAGGUCCAAGUCUGGUCUGUGGCGUGGAGAAGCUAAACAGUACAUCCUAGCACAACCACAGCUCAUCCCCAAACUAUGCUUUAGCUCCUGAAUAGUGUCGGUCCUUAUGUCUGUGUCUGUGUAACUGUGUGAGAGAUCUUUGUUUGGCUUCUCGUGAGUUGUAGUGAUCUUUGGUCCUCUGCUGAGUAUUUGAGCUACUGUAACUGUAGUACGGUUCUGCCUCGAGCAGUGGUGACAGUACUGUGUGUGCAAUGUGUCGCAUCUGACAAGGUCUCGUGUUGCUGUAAGCGUUGGCAGAAACGUGUAAUAAACAACAUAGUUUGAAACCGUU